UAUAUAGAUAAGAAGUUAUAUUCAAUUAUGGCAUCCUUAACUAGGAACGUCCUUUUGACAUUUUUAUGUGUUUUAUUGGGUUUUGCUUGCUUUAGCAAUGCCCAGCUUUCGGCCAAUUUUUAUGGCACGUCGUGCCGUAAUCUGCAGACAAUUGUGAGCAGUGCAAUGAGACAAGCUGUGAAUAGAGAGCCAAGACUUGGUGCCUCUAUUCUUCGCUUGUUUUUCCAUGAUUGCUUUGUAAAUGGGUGCGAUGCAUCAAUAUUAUUGGAUGACACAGCAACAUUCACAGGAGAAAAGAAUGCAAACCCAAACAGGAACUCAGCAAGAGGAUUUGAAGUGAUAGACACCAUUAAAACUCAAGUUGAAGCUGCUUGUCCUAAUGCUGUCUCCUGUGCAGACAUUCUCGCUCUUGCUGCUAGAGAAGGCGUUGUGUUGCUAGGAGGGCCAUCAUGGGCAGUGCCAUUGGGCAGAAGAGACGCAAGAACCGCAAGCCAAAGUGCAGCCAACACACAAAUCCCAGCACCAACUUCCAGUCUUUCAACUUUGCUCUCUAUGUUCUCCGCCAAAGGCCUAAACGCACGUGACAUGACAGCACUCUCCGGCGGCCACACCAUCGGCCAAGCACGCUGUACAACCUUCAGAACCCGCAUAUACAACGAUACCAACAUUGACGCGCAAUUCGCCGCCACAAGAAGGGCUACGUGCCCUUCUUCUAGCGGCGACGCCAACUUGGCUCCUUUAGAUAUUCAGACACCAAAUCGGUUCGAUAAUGAUUAUUACCAGAACUUAGUGGCUCGACGUGGGUUGCUUCACUCGGAUCAGGAAUUGUUUAAUGGUGGAUCUCAGGAUGCGUUGGUUAGGAGUUAUAGUACGAAUGAUGCGGCUUUUAGAAGUGAUUUUGCAGCAGCUAUGGUUAGGAUGGGGAAUAUUAGCCCACUUACUGGAACUAAUGGUGAGAUCAGAAGAAACUGCAGGGCUAUUAACUAAUUACUAAUAUGGAGUACUAAUAUUUUAUUAUUAAUACAGUAGUUAUGAAACUUAAGAUAAAGUUAGCAAAAGUGUAUUUACAUCAUUUGCUACUUAUAUAAUAAUAAUGUGAAGUGUAACCUGAGGAAGAUAAUCAACUACGUAUACGCGAAUAGUCGUAUUCAUGUUAGGGACUUCUAAGGGAAUAUAUCGACCAUAAUUUAAUUUGUAUUUGUCAAGUUAUAAGUUGUGUUUUCUAAAUUCCGCUUAUUGUAUCGUGCAGAGUUUUUGUUAAUUUCUUAGACUAUUAAAGCCAAGA